AUGCUACCAUGUCUAAAGAAAAUCUCUUAUUCUGUCUUGAAACAAGCUGAAAGUAAUAAAGUACAUACAACGAAAGAACAUUUUCUACAGAAACAACGCAAAGCUCAACAGGAUACAGUAAAGCUUGUCAAAUUUUGUCAUCCUGUAACUAAUCGUAAGACAGACAAUAAUAUUGAUAUAAAACAACGAAAUGAUUGCUUCGUUGAAAAAUACUCAACUUUACGGAAUAUUGAACGUCAUCACUCAUCGCAACGUUCUGGUCGUUGUUGGUACUUGGUGAUUGGUGUAACAUUGCUAAGAGGUCCAAAUUUCUUCGAUAUAAUUCGUUAUUUAUACAUCAAAUGUGAAAUAAAUAAUUACAGAUUCAAAUACAUCUCCUGUGGAAUAAAACCAACGCUAUAUCGUGUUGCUCUGGCAUCUUUAACGGCUACCUAUACUGACUCGGAGGGUGAGGAUGGGGCGGAUGACAACUUUCAAGAUAAUUCAAAUAGUCCCACAGAGGCUACCGCUAGAUCAGACAGAUCUGCCUCAAGUAGCCCCUCCGAUUCCUCAAACCAUAGUAGCAAGAAUAAUAACUUGCCCAAUGUUCCCACCUUAGUUACAGAUGUAACUUCAAAGGUCCAGAGAUUGGUUUCAUAUUUUGAUGACACAGUAGUUUCUGACGAUGAAGGAACUGCAGUAGCAAUUUCUGAACAUGUGUUUUCCAUCAAUGGAAGACAACAUUCAGAUGUUCGUGAAAAGCAGUCCCCGGAUCGUCCUUUGAUUUCAGAUAAUGAAGCAGACGAGUAUGGUGUUAUAAUUCCUCCUGAACCCCCAAGCGCAUGUCCAUCCGAUCUACAGGAAAAAAUAUCAAAACUUUAUGUCAAAAUGGAAGAUGGUCGGUUAGACAUGAAUAAAGUGAUUCAAAAUAGAAAAGAUUUCAGAAAUCCUUCUAUUUAUGAAAAACUUAUUCAAUUUUGUAAUAUUAAUGAGUUAGGUACAAAUUAUCCACCAGAUAGGUUUGAUCCAUUCAAAUGGUCCAAAGACUCUUAUUACGAAGAACUUGCCAAGGCUCAAAAAGUUGAAAUGGAGAAGUUAGAAAAAGCAAGGAAAGAAAAAACAAAAAUAGAAAUUGUAUCAGGGACAGCUAAACGACCAAAUCCAACUCCUGCUGUCACAGAAGAGGACAUUAAAAAACGGAAAAGCAAGUGGGAUCAAGUAGCUACAAAUCCUCUCACAGGUACAGCAGUCAAACCUGCUGUGGUAACACAACCAGCUUUAACAACGUUAACGUCAUCAGUCACUGGUACAAAAACUACAGUAAUAUCAGCUUUUGGUUCAGUACCAAAAAAAAGAUUGUAAGAACAUUUGCAGUGAGUACUUUGAAUAAUUACUUUAAAUAGUUUACCAUUAAUUAGGUCAUAUUUAUUUUUAUUCUCACAAUCUUGCGUCAAACUUCAAAUCAAAGAUUGAAAGCCUUUUUUAAAAUAGAUACUUAUAAUUGAAAGUGUAUUCUUACAUCAAUCUAAAUUUUAUAUAUUUAUAAAUAAAUCUUGAGUCAGUUUAUUACACUGAUAGUAAACCUUUGAUUGAACUUCAAAUUCUAAUAAAGACUUUCAUGAAAUGAUAUAGAUGAUUCUGUUGGUAUUUCGAGAUUUAUAAAUUUGAAAAGUUAAAUACCAAUACUGCCACUGUUUUUACAAUUUGUAAAAAGUUUAUGUGAAUUUCAUCCAUAAAAACAGAAUAACUAUAUGAAACGUGACAGUGUGAAUGAUCAACUAAUGUUAUUGAAUGUGAACAAGUUUGCCUUUGUAAAAUAUUUUUUUUUUUUUCUUUAAUGAAAAUGGAUGACGAAAUAAUUAAUUUUAAUUUUCUAUUGUAUUGUACUGAUGAUAAGUUUUGAUAUUCCUCCAUGUAAAAGUCCAUGUGAAAAAAAAAUUGUAGAACCAAACAUUGCAGUUCCAAGUCUUUUUAUGUGUACAAUAUCAAAGGCAAAUACCAGUUUCUUUAUAAAUUGCUAAAAUUCCCAAUUAUUUUAGUAAAAUUACAGAAAUUUAUGAAAGAAUAGAUGCAGUAAUUUAAAUUUACCUUUGAUAUUUCCGUAGCAAAUAUUACACUAUGAAUUAUUUUAUAAAUAAAUAUGAUUUUUCAACACUCUGUACGCGAGAACUUGACUUUACGCAUGCUCGAGUAGUCGAACAUGCUUAAAAUCUCGUCGCGUACACGUAUCGAAAAACAAAAGUUAAACAUAUGUGCGAGGAAGUGAUUUCAGUCUCGUAUGGCCUCUUUACCCAAGCAUCGUUCGAGCGCAAACGUCCACAUAAGACUGAAAUUAUUUUCUGGCACUAGUAUUAAAAUGUACUAAUAUGGUUUUUAGUAAAAGAUUAUGUAUACAUUUAAAUUUGAUUAAGAUAAUAAUUAUUGUACUAAAAAUAGAAAAAAAUAACAUUCUAUUUGCAUAAGUACAACUACAAAUAUUUAUUUCAUGAAUAAAGGAAUUUGUACAUCGUGAUAAGUG